GCUAGAAGGUAUGAUUGCCAAUCACAUAUUGUCCUGAACAAAGAGUGGGAUGUGGGGGGGGGGUGUAUUGGAGCCACUGGAACUAUCCUGUUUGUGAACAGAUGAGCCUGUAACAGUGGGGGGCUGAUUCAGGGAUUAUUAGAGCCUAGGGGAGAGUCUGUGCGUGGGGCGUACAACUGAGAGGAACACUGCACAGCAAAGGUAAACAAGGCCUUUAAUCAAUCAGCGGAUGUUUGAAAGCAGGGAACAGUCGAGAAAAAGCCGGAUGUGAAUGGAGGCAGCCUGCAGUUUGUAUAGGAGGUUAUAAGUAGGGGAGCUGACUGUGCCAGGAAAACGGAGCAGACCUCAGCUGUUGCACAGGCCCCAGUCUGAUCCUAUUUGUCAGACCUCACCUCCUAUUUCUUCCCAUCAAUUGCCCUCCUUGUUGCCUCAGCCCGCGCGCUCGUUUUCAUCCUCCGGAGCCAUGCAUCCCCAGCGUCCUCUACCCCAGGCCAUGCCCUCCUCCUCUCUGGGACAGCACCUGCGGGACAUGGCCAUGGGUCUGGGACGAGGCAAGAACUUCAUGGGUGGAAACAUUGCCUACGGUUUCAUCCAAUCGGUUAAGGAGUGCCUGUAUUUCCUUCUCUGCUGCUGGUGCAUCAAAGAGAUCCUGGACUGACAGACUGAGAGAGAGUAGAUCAAGUGGUCAAACAUUGAUUUUCCCCUUUUCUCCGUUGGCUCCUACAGUGUAAUUUCAACCACAUUUUAUUUCAUCAGGAAUGGAGUGUUUGAUCAGCGGUGCUGGCAAAGCAUUGGCAAGUAUGAGUCUUGUCUCAUAUGACAACAAACUACUAGAGCAAAUGGUGAAGUAAAAUCAUUAUUAUUUAUAUAGAGCAGUUUAUGUUGUGUACUGUUUAAAGGCUUUCAAUAAGCAGCAACUGAAAUGAGGAAUAGGUUUGCUAAAUCAUAAAAUGCCUAUUUGCAUAUUUAACAUGUUUUUUAUUUAUAUCUUUGUUCUGUUGUUAUCUGUAGGAUGCUUUUCUUGGGUUCCAGAAAACACACUUGCGCAUUUCCCGAUGCUACAAAUGUUCAUUGUGAGACUGGGUCAGAGUGUCCUGAAUUCAGCCUGCUGAUCUGAGAUCUUGAGGAAUGACACUCCUGUACAACAAAAACUGGUGUGCAAUGAAUAAAGGAACUAAUGAAUAGAAAAAUA